AUGAUUGCAUACUGUGCUGCCAUCAGCAAGGAGCGAGUGGCACGGAUGGGCUUUGCUGACUCCAAGACCCUCACAGAGGCCAGGCGGGAGCAGCUGUUUCGAGUUAUGGGGGGACCUGCACCUGCUGCACCGAGUGGGGGAGACAAUAGUGGUGAUGGGAACAGUGUGAUUGCAGAUGGUGGGAAUGGGAAUGGGAAGGGUGGGAAUGGGAAGGGUGGGAAUAGCAGCAAAGCAGAAGGUGUCAGUGGGGACAGCAGGGACGGUGGAGCACAGACAGAGCAGGGGGAGCAGGCAGGCAGUGCAGCAGAGGCAGGGAUAGCGGGAGCAGUAGCGGCAGCAGAGGAGGCGAGUGUGAUUGGCUGGGAGGUUGACGUCAUCAGUGCUGCUGCCCUCUCCGCUCAGAUGCUCUCCAGGUAUCGCACGAGCCUGAACGCGAUCGCCUUUGAGUCGACAGCAAAGCUCAUUCAGCGAGUGCUGGAUCAAGGAGUCAACAUUGUGGAGGCCUUCGUGGACACCCUAGGCGACCCCCAGAAGCACCAGGAGCGCCUGGAGCAGCGCUUCCCCCGCGUGCGGUUCACCGUGGCAAAGAAGGCAGAUAGCCUGUUCCCCAUCGUCAGUGCUGCCAGUAUUGCUGCCAAGGUGACUCGUGAUCGCUGCAUUCAGCAGUGGGCCUUCUCUGAGGAUGCACCGUCCCAGCACCAAAGUCAACCCAGUCAACCGAGUCAACUGAGUCAACGCAGUCGUCUGAGUCAAACAGAGAGGUUAACAGUGUCGACAGGAAGAGAAGCAACAGCACAAGUGGGAGGAGAAGCAGAAGCAGAAGUGGAAGCAGACGCGGAAGCAGAAGGAGAAGCAACAACAGCAGGAGAGUCGUUCAAUCUAAAUCUGGGUUCGGGAUACCCUGGAGACCCCGCCACCAAGGCGUGGCUGGCGGGCAGUGUGGACGCGGUAUUUGGCUUCCCCUCCCUCGUGCGCUUCAGCUGGGCCACUGCAAAGACCAUCAUGGACGCUUCUUGCGUUCCUGUGCACUGGGAGGCAGAUGAAGCUGAGGAGGAGGGGCAAGCGUUGGCGGUCAAGCAACCAAGCCCUGCAGCUUCCGUCCCUGGCUCCACUCCUUCCAAGCGCAAGCGGAAGAACGUGCGUUUCGAGUCUGUGGCACAGAAACGGCACUCCGAGGACAGCGAUAGAAUUGAAAGCGCGGCCGUUCUGAAGCUGCAGAUGGACACGCUAGCGGAUGACAUGGCAGUAGCUACAGUCUACCCGCUGCAUGACGUGGACGAGGACAGUUUAGAGGACUUUGACACGUCAGUGUCGUCAAGCGACUCGGCCGAGUCAUCUCCCCGGUCUUCCUGGGAGGUUGCAGCUGCCAUCGAUCCACGUCAGCUUGACUGGGUUCACCUCGGGAGCCGAUUAAAGUCGUCGGCUCUUGGCGUGCUCCACCAGAGUAACACGUCAGCAGCGUUUUACCAGACGAACGCGCGAACCUCUCUGGAGAACGACGAGCGCGUCGCUGAUGGGUGCUCAGGCGACGAUAGUUCAGCGCGGUCCGGAAAUUCGAGCGAAGGUCCAAUUUCCCAAGGAGGAUACGACGACGAGCGGAAUGACAUGGCUAAUGAACAGGAGAGUGAGAGGAGCGAGGAACGGUGCGAGGCGGUGACGGCGAACGAGGAGCCUGUGAGGGAAGUGGUUACACGCGAGCAGACUACGAAGGACUGGCGAUCGGAGCAAUCGUGGGACCCGAGUAGCGUGGGGUUGUGGGACGAGCGAGGCGGCGGCGAGUCGGACGCGGCGGAGUCGGUAAGAAGCAUCUUCAGCUGGCCAGGCGCUUCGAGCUCCGAAAGCGAGGCGGAGGGCACAGAGAUGGUUGACAUGGCGCGGACGGUGCGGGUGACGGAGAUGGUGGGGAAGGCGGAGACGGCGAAAACGGCGGAGACGGCGGAGACUUCAGAGACAGCGGAGACUUCGGAGACGGCGAAGAUGACGGAGACGGCAGAGGCGGCGGAGACGGCGGGGACGGUGGGGAUUGUCAAGAUUGACAGCGAGUUACAAGUGCGUGUAGUUAAGGGGCAAAGGCGGGACGAGGAGCGGUGCGGAUUGGAGCUUCUGGGCGCCGUGGUUGCGCGGAGUAACUUAGAGCCGUUUCGGAAUAAACUUUUAGGUGGCGUAGCGAGGAGGAGUAAGAGACGGAAGAGGCGCGCAGCGGCCAGCGCGGCACGCAUAGCGGGAAUCGGAGAGGACAGUAGCGAGUCGGAAGCGGAGGAAAUUGAGGGGCGGGAGAUGCAAGUGUUCCGCGUUAUGGUCGUACCGGCGGAGGAUGAGGGCGCGCGGGGCGGAACUGUGGGAAAAGUGAGUGCGGACGGGGCAGGCUCGAACCAGGGCAGCAGGCUUCAGGACGGAGUUAAUGAAACGGUUGGGAUGCUGGGUGGAGGCGAGGAGGGGGAAAUGGCGAUGCGCCGUGCACGAGCUACAGCACUCAUCGCGGCGCCAGGAGCCGAGAAAUCGGGUUCGACGGAUGCGUGUCUUCCCGCCGAUGGUGCCAGCAGCACCUGUCGCAUCGCGGCCAAAGAUCCUCCUCCUCCCACAGGGUCGCGCUGUGACGGUGGCCCCGACAUCAGCACGAGCCGCGCAGUGCUGCCGUGCGCGGAAGGAGACUGCGACUCUGCGCGCAAAGAGGCUGGAUCGCGCGGGCUCGCCGUUCGCGGAGCCCUGGCAGGCGCUUUCGCGGCGGUGCUGCCGGGUGUGCGCGCGGUCACCUCCGCUCUCCAAUCCGCCGUGGUGAGUUCAGAUUUAGGCGCUUCCGAGCGCCCUUCAAUCGGCUGUGAUUUGACAUCUUAUGGCCCCCGUUUGCCGUCCCCGUACCUCCCGCCGCAGUCCACGGUCGGGGAGAUCUGCUACCACGAGCUUCAGAGCGCGUCCCCCGCGCAGGCGGACCACGCGCAGCUACUCGCGGCGCUGGCACGCGCGCAGACGCGCGCGCAGGCGCACGGGCUUGCGGAGGGGCAGCGGAGUCUGGCGCCGUGGGACCCGGACGCUGUGGUCGCGGUGCCCCUCGGGACUGCCGCGCAGGUGAAAUCCGCGCUGCAGGCCUCGCGGGAGCUGCUGCGCGCGGAGGAAGUGGCGCUUCCGGGGGAGAAGGAAGAGGCGGGGGAAGACGCGGAGGCGGAAAGGCAGGCGGACGGGGAGGAGGCUCUUCGGGGGGAGCACAGGCAGGAGGACGUUUUCGAAGAAUAUAGCGGAAGUGGGGGCAGCGGAGGCGGGGAAAGCUACGAAAGCGGGGGAGGCGGGGGAUUCGCGGAAAGCGGGGGAGGCAGCGGAAGCGGGGGAAGCGGCGCGCUGCCCAUGGUGCUGGCGCGCACGCUGCAAGCCCUGGACGUGUUUGAGGACGUGCCCCUGCGGGACGACGACGAGGGCGCAGGGGGCGGAGGGGGGGGCGCGGGGGGCGCGCGGGUGUUCGUCCCUAUGCGCCAGCUGGCGGCGGGGCUGGCGACUGUGGGGGGAAACCUAGGGGGAAGCAUGGGGGGGAAUCUGGGGGCGAUGGGGAGAGUGGGGAGCAGAAAUGGCCGGGGGAGUGGGAGGGGGAGUGAUGGGGAAGGGGAGGCGGAGGAGGGGGAGGAUGGGGGUUUGGGGGCGGGGCAUGGGAGCGGGAAUGCUGCAGAUGGGUAUGAGGCGAUGGGGUAUGGUGGGGGUGCGUUUUCGGACGACUUGCGAUAUGCUGGUGGGGGGGUGUAUGGCGAUGAAAGGGGGUUUGAGGAUGGAGGGGCAGGGUGCAUGGGCGGUGAGAUGUGUCUUGAUGUUAUGGGUCGUUUUGACAGUGUGGGGUGCUUGGAAGAGUGCGGGUGUUUGGAGGAGUGUGGGUACGUGGAAGAGAGCGAGGCGAGCGGGCAGGAGGACUUGGGCAUUGAGGGAAAUGACUUCGCCAGGCGCCAUGGGAGGAGCCAGAGCGUCAGGGCAGGCGCGGGCAGGGAGAGAAGGUUGCAGCUGCAGGGCGGCGGAAUGGUGAUGGAGAGGAAGGAGAGUGAGGAGGAAGAAAAAGAGGAGAGCGAGGAAGAGCAGGUGGGGAACGGGGGGGAUGGGAAGGGCGAGCGCGAGGGCGAGAGCAAGAGCGAGGACGAGGGCGAGGAUGAGCUGUGGAAGCUGCGUGCCUCCCUGCACCGGGCGUCAAAGCGAGCAUUGCUCUCCCCACACGCCAUGCUGUGCCACCGCCACCACACUCGCAUGCUCUCUGCUCCCCACUUGCACUCCUCGUCCCCCCACUUGCACUCCUCGUCCCCCCACUUGCACUCCUCACCUCUCUUGCACCCGUCCCCCCGCUUGCACCCUUCCCCCCACUUGCACCUCUCUCCCCCUUGCAUUGACUCCUCCCCCCAUGUUGGCCUUUUCCGCUCACACACGGACUGGCCCUGCUACCGCGCCCCCUCCCCCCUCUCCGCGCCCUCCCCCACCCGCGAGGGGGGAGAGAGCGCUGCUGCCACGGCCACCGCUUCAGCAGCUGCGUGGUGGAGAGAGGAGUGGGAGGGGAGCGGGAGGCGGGAGGCAGGAGGGAGCGAGGAGUGGGAGGGGAGUGGAGGUCGGGAGGCAAGAGGGAGGGAGGAGUGGGAGGGGAGUGGAGGUCGGGAGGCAAGAGGGAGGGAGGAGUGGGAGGGGAGUGGAGGGCGGGAGGAAGGGGGAAAAGGCGAGUGGAGACGGAGUGGGGCAGGGGAGGCAGGAGAAAGCGGCGAGUGGGAGGGAUGGGAGAGGAGUGCGAGUUUACCCCUGUCGAGCUGGGACCGGGAACAAUGGAGGGACGAUCCGUGGAAACAGCCUGUUAUGGGCGCUGAUUUGAGUGCUGACAGAGAAACCUGGCUGGGAAGAGCAGUGGUGUGCAGUGGUGAUGGUGAAAUGGGCGAGGGAGAGUGCAGAGUGGUGGGAAAGGGCCUGAUUUGCAGUGGUGCUGGUGGUGAGAUGAAGGAUGUGCAGGGGCGAGGGGAUGCAGUGCGGAAGAAGAUGGGUAAGACGAGACGGAGAGUGGUGGAGAAGAGUGGAGGGGAGCGCGGGAGGGAGGAAGUGAAGGGGAGGGAAAGGAAGGAGAGGAGGGCAGUGGAGGGGCGGAAGGAUGGGGAAGCGAGGGAGGUAACUGAGCUGAGUGUAGGAGAUGCAGAGAAAGUACAGAGGGUGCAGAGGGUGCAGAGUAGAAAGGGGAAGAAGGCAGUGAAGGGGGUGGAGACGGGAGAGGCGAGCAAGAAAGGGGCUUCUUUGGAGAAGCAGAAGAAGAUUGUGAGGAAGGCUGGUAGUGCAGGCAGUGGAGAGGUGGGGACGGAGAUGGAAGGGUGUGGGCCAGUGGUUAAAACACUUGUGAAGGGCAAGACGAGGCGAAUGGGGGCAGAAGGUGGGGGUGGAUGUAACAGUGUCGCAGGGGUAAGUGGGGAGGUGGGUUGGGUAGGGAUGGAAGGGUAUGGGCCAGGGGCUAAGGCGGUUAUGAAGGGCAAGGCGAGGCGAAGAGGGGCAGAAGGCGAGGGAGGAGCUGGCAGUGUGGCAGGUGCAAGUGAUGCUGGGGGGAAAGGGUUGGUGCCCGGUGGAGUGAGGAGCAAAGGGAGUGGGCAGGGGAAGGUGAAGCGGUGUGGGGGCGUGGAGAGUGGUGUGGUGGAGGAGGGGUUAGAGAGGGUGUUGGAUGGGAAGACGCUGACAGCAACAGGAGUGAGUUCUCCGAACAAGCCACGCCGAGCCCGCCUAUCAGCUACGAGCGGCGCGGCGCGCACCACUGUGCGCACAAGCGGUGACGACCUCGGCUUGUACUCGCUCUCGUCCUCAUCUGUAUCGUCAGCAGCAGGCCAGCCGAAUGAGUGCUGGCUGGGAUCAGCAGCAGGGGGGCUUAAAAAGUGCUCGCAGGAUCGAAUGCCAGGGCAGCAGCCGAAUCAGCAUGUCAUUCCACCAUCUUCCAUCGCACCGUCCCCCCCACGUGUUCUCCCCGCCUCCACCUUUGAGGCGUCUCAAAAGUCACGGCAGCAGGAUCAGCUUGUUAUUCCCCCAUCUUCCCGUGCGCCGUCCCCCACACGCGUUCUCCCCACCACCACCUCCACCUCACUCCCUCACGCCUCUCCGUCCGUGGCAGUGCUCCGCUCUUUCUUUGAGUCCGCUCAAACCCCCCCGCUCGUUCGCCCCACCUCCACCUCCCUCUCACUCCACAAGGCCUCUCCCUCCCUCUCGGUACCCAACGCUGCCACUUGUGCUGCUGGGAUGGCUGCUGCCUCUCGGGAACCCAAACCUGCUGCUGUCUGCGCCACCGCUGCACAAGCCACCUCCCCUCUUGUUUGGCCCACCUCCACCUCGCACUCACUCCCCAAGGCCUCUCCCUCCCUCUCGGUACUCAGCACUCCCACUUCGGCCGCUGGGAUGGCUGUUGCCCCUCAGCAAUCCAAGCCUGCUGCGCCCUUCGCCACCGCUGCACCGACUGCCCUCCGCGCAAUCUCCCAACAUGAGGAGCGAGGCGUGAGCGGGGGUGCAGUGGAGGUGGAGGGUGACAAUGCUGCUGGGUCCUCGUGGCAGAUGGGGCCUGACCGGGUUGAUGGCACUGCUGCCAGGCACUGCUGCGGUGGCUGCAGCACUUUUGAGGCGCCUCAAAAGGAGGGUGACAUUGCUGCUGGGCCUGACUGGGUUGAUGGCACUCCCGCUGGGCCAUGCAGUGCUUGCAGUUGCAGCGCCUGUGGAUUCAUGGCGUGGCGCGUGAUCGCGUGCGUCGCCGUCGUGUGCGCGCUGCUGCAGCUCGGCGCGCACGCGGCGGUCGAGGCGGAGUUUCUGCCGCCCGCGCCGGAAGAUGUGAUUAAAACGGAGGGCGGCUCGCUGUCCGUGUGGAGCCGCGAGUUCGAGUUCUUCAAGGUGCGGCCCGCCGUGCUUUGCUUUUGA